UUCGUCGAAUGAUUGUUCGGAGAAAACAAUGGAGAAUAAUAACAAAGUUGCAAUAACCCCUAAUGUCCUAAUGAUUGCAAUUCCCUACCAAGGCCAUCUAAACCCUUUUCUUCAUUUAGCAAUCAAGUUGGCUUCAAAAGGCUUUGCCAUACAUUUUGUGCACACUCUCCAUGCUCACCAUGUCAUCAAAAGCUCUUCCGAAAAUCGAUUCGACGGCGAUGACGUCUUUUCCGGGGCACGCGAGUCGGGCCUCGACAUACGCUAUUCCACGAUUUCCGAUGGCUUCCCCAUCGAAUAUGAUAGAUCGGAGGAUGUCGUGAGCUAUUGGGAUCAUAUGUUGAAAGUGUUUCCUUCUCUUGUCGACGAGUUUGUCGCUAAUUUGAUCAACACCGUCCCGCCGUCGCCGUGGAUUAUUGUGGCCGAUACUAUCUCGUCGUGGCAAGGAUUGAUCGCCGAGAAGUAUAACAUGGUGAAUGUAUCCUUUUGGACCGAGCCGGCCGUCGUGUUUGCCCUCGAUUAUUACGUGGAUCUUCUUACAAAGAACGGACAUUUCCCGUCCUCAUCCUCGUCGGGAGAUCGGGAUUGCGUGAUCGACUACAUCCCCGGAGUCGCGCCGAUACACAAAAAGGACUUAAUGUCUAAUCUUCAAGAAUCCGAUUCGACAUCGAUUCUUAACAAGAUUUUGCUCAAGACAUUCGAGGAAGUUAAAAAAGCCGACAUUGUCCUACACAACACGGUCGAAGAACUCGAGUCGUAUACACUAUCAACCUUGAACGAACUAUGGCCGACAUACGCCAUAGGCCCGAUAAACUUCUCGCCGGAGACCACCAAACUCGACAUUUCCAAGAGCCUACUUCCCGAAACUGAUUGCACCGAAUGGUUGAACUCGAAACCCCCCGGAUCAGUUCUAUACGUCUCGUUCGGAAGCCUCGUUCAGAUCGAACAAAAAGUUAUUCAAGAAGUGGCUCGCGGGCUUCGGGCGAGCAAGUUAAACUUCCUUUGGGCACUAAGGCGCGACAUUUUCGAACAUGAGAUUAAUGUUUUUCCUGCCGGAUUCGAGGAUGAUGUAAAGGAUCGAGGAUUGAUCAUCACGUGGUGCGAUCAAAUCGCCGUGAUGUCCAAUCCGGCGGUCGGGGGAUUUUUGACGCAUUGUGGAUGGAACUCUAUAUUGGAAAGCAUGUGGUUUGGGGUACCUAUGAUAUGUUAUCCGGUCCUUUACGAUCAACCGACUAAUCGGAAGCUAGUGGUGGAUGAUUGGAAGAUCGGGAUCGACCUUUGCCAGGACAAGGCAAAGGUCGAGGGGGAAGAAGUGGCGUGGAAGAUCAAAACAUUGAUGAAUAGUGAAACCUCGGACGGUGUAAGAAAUGAGAUGAAGAAGCUCACAAGUGUAAUUAGGAGUGCUUGGGGUGCUGAUGGAUCUUCCACGACGAAUUUCAACCGGUUUCUAGAUGAUUUGAAUGAUAAAAUACAACAAAAAUAUAGCUAAUUAUUUUUUUAAAGUAAAAAAUCAUCGGUAAAAUUAUGUGUUUUUGCAAUCUUGACAAUGUUGGAAUUUGAAAUUUGAAGGUCUGUAUAAAUAUAAUAUUUUGAAGAGUUGAUAAUUUAAAUAACUUUG